GAACGAAAUGAGCUGCCCCAGAGCCGCUACAAAAUGCUGGAUGGACACCUUCUCCUGGGAUGGUUAUCAUUUACCAUUAUAGUGCAUCUAAUCAGCUUGCCUGGACCGAGCACAGCUUACUUCGGGCUAACAGGUAAUGAACCCCUGUCCAUUUUGCCACUGAGCUCACAGCCAGACGAAAGGGCGGGCAAGGCACACUACAAGCUGUGUGAUCGACUCAAACUGGAGAAGAAACAGCGCAGAAUGUGCAGACGGGACCCUGGCAUGGCUGAGACUCUAAUGGAGGCCAUCAGCAUGAGUGCCUUAGAGUGCCAAUAUCAGUUUCGCUUUGAGAGAUGGAACUGCACCAUAGAGGGCCGCUACAGGGCUAACAUUUUAAAGAGAGGCUUCAAGGAGACGGCAUUCCUCUAUGCCAUCUCUUCAGCAGGCCUGACCCACGCCAUGGCCAAAGCCUGCAGCGCUGGCCGCAUGGAGCGCUGCACCUGUGAUGAGGCUCCUGACCUGGAGAACCGCAAGGCUUGGCAGUGGGGAGGCUGUGGAGACAACCUCAAGUACAGCAACAAAUUUGUCAAAGACUUCCUGGGUAAGAGGUCCAACAAGGAUCUCCGCGCCCGGAUAGAUAUGCACAACAGCAAUGUAGGGAUGAAGGUGAUCAAGGCGGGGGUGGAGACCACCUGUAAGUGUCAUGGAGUUUCGGGCUCGUGUACCGUGCAAACAUGCUGGAGGCAGCUGGCACCCUUCCACGAAAUCGGCAAGCAGCUCAAGCAGCGCUACGAGACUUCAAUCAGAGUGGUCAGCUCCACCAAUGAGGCGACUGGGGAGGGGGAGAUCUCCCAGACCCGAUCCCAAGGGCAGCAGCCCCCUCCGGGCCCUCGACCGGACCUCAUUCCCCGCACCCUUGACCUACUUCACAUUGAGGACUCGCCGAGUUUUUGCAGGCCUAGCAAGUAUUCGGCAGGCACCAUGGCCCACAAAUGUUACAAGGAUAAGAACUGUGAGGCCAUCUGCUGCGGCAGGGGCCACAACACUCAGAGCCGGGUGGUGACGAGACCGUGUCAGUGCCAGGUGCGCUGGUGCUGCUAUGUUGAAUGCAAACAGUGCACACAAAGAGAAGAAGUUUACACCUGUAAGGGGUAAAAACUGUCACGACCAUGCAGAAUAUCUCUCACCAGUCUGAGAACAGUGAAUGAGUGGAAGGCAAAAAGAGAGGAUAAGUGACAAGUUGUCCUGGUUUGGAGAAAGGUCUCAAAGACAUCAGACUAGUUGAAAGCACUUUUUUGAGAGGUUUUGCAGGGCAUUUUUUUCUGUUUUCCAUG